UUUCAUUGGCUGCCAGGGCUGGAAAGCUACAGAGCUGGGAUAACUUACCAAAACAAACAAAACAGCUUGAAAUAAUUGCAAAUAGUAAAUAAAUCCAAACUUCAAAAUACGAGAUGGAACAGCAUGAAGAUUCUUGGUGCCAAAACGACGAGGAGCAAUGGUCUAUUGAGGAUGAUACGCUGUUCCAGCCAUGUGGAUUGAUCAGUGUCAGUGCGGCGCCUUCCUGCAAGUCUGUGUUUAUUACCUGGAACGAAUUGUAUUUGCUGAAUUUUCGUUUCAAGAAACCGAAAGGAUCAAACAAGUUCAAAAUGAGCAGAGUGCGAAUUCCCUUGCCCAGGGGCAGUGGAAAUAAUCUGCGCAGCAUUCAUUCCCUGAAAUAUAAUACAAUAUUGCUAAUGUCGGAUGGCCAAAUAUAUUGCUUUGGCUCGAUCAAAGCCUUGCACACUGUGAGCUGGCUGAGUGGAGUCAGGUGCUUCGCGCCAACAGAUCAGGGCUUUAGCGUGAUUCGUGAGAGGGAGCAGCGACUGCUGCUGGAGACGUAUCUGGAUCUUCCAGGCUUGGAGAAGGGUGAAAGUACUCUGCAGCACACCUUCGAUAUAACCUACGAUGAACAGAAUAUAUUCCAGUGCGACUGGAAAAGCGAAAAGUACACCUUGACUACACUGAAAGUCUCCGAUGAGGAGGAACAUUUCAUGCAGCGUCUGUUUGGAGCCAACGUGGUCAGGCAGCAGUUUGUGCAUAUUUUCAGCAUAGCUGGACACAUGUUCGCCUUGGUUUCCAAUGCAGAGGCAGAAGAAUCGGAGCAAGCCUACCACAUUGAACUCCUUUGUGUCUAUGCGGCCCCAAUUCACUUUGUACGCCUACUGCCUCGCCAGAAUCUCUGUUUGGUCAUACUGAGCAGCGGCAGCGUGGACAUAUGGCACGUGUCUAAGCUGUUGGGCAUUAAGCAGCGGCUGAUGCAUCACACGGGCUCGGAAUGGUUGGACUAUGACUUUGAUGCCAGCAGUGAGAACGGGGACUUAUACUACACAAACGGAGAGCAGCUAGUGCGGCUGAGAGUUAAAUAUAACGCACAGCUGGACGAGUGUCUGGUUCAGAGCACGGCCAAGUCUGUGCCCGGCAUACAGGCAUGCACUUGGGUGAGCCACAGCGAACAAUUGGUUUGCCUCAGUGACAACAACAUGUUCUACCGCAUUGCCUUUGGCGUUGACAGCGAGGGAGCACACAAGAAGACUUCAUUGCUGAGUGACUUUACGCCAGCAGCAAUACAGCGCCUGCGACAAAACACCCAGGAGCUGGAUAAAUAUGAAAGGCAGCCAGUCCUCCUACAGUUGGCCAUACAGAGAGAGUAUCAAAAGCAGCAACUUGUGGCGGUGGGGAGCAAUAACAAAUUGAUUGCUGGGAGCUGCAAGGCAUCCCUAGAGUUUCAUCGGCAGAUACCUCUCUCUGGAGAUGCUGUUAUGCUCCUACAACCAGCUCAGGAAAUGGAUCUUCACAGUAAUUGCGUUUAUGCCAUAUUCAAAUUAAGUCUUGCCAGCUGUGAACAGCUUAUGCACAGCACCCACUGGCAACUAUUGCUGACCAUUGAUGACCAUCAAACCCGUGUUCAUGUACUGCCAGAACUACUUUUAAAUAGAAGAUGCAAUUUGGUAGUUCCAUUGAGGAAACGAAGAAGCGAACGUCUGCCUGAGUUAACUCUUAAAUUGGUUGCUUUUAUUGAAUUGCAUGGUCAACUAAGUGCCGUGCUGAUUCCCAUUCUUGUAGAAGAAAAUUCGUACACCUACAGCGCCCUUUUUGGAGGAAGUGUGACGGCCGUAAACUUGCGCUCAGAUAAUGAUCUACCCAUGUACAAUAAAAAGACUGAUCCAGCGAUUUGCCACAAGUUUCGACUACCCAACAAUUUGACACUGGAUCAAGUGGCAAACCUGUUCAAUGCUGCUGGUAACUUGAAGGAGAAUCUAUUGGACAUAUUUUUCACAGAUAUCAAGCUUCGAAUACAGAGGAUUACAGAGGAUGGAGAGGAAGAGAAUUUACCUCUAUCACUUCAAAGUGACGAUCCCUCUGCCAUUUUCUAUUUCAAGCAUCAUAUUCUCUUAAAUGUGGAUCCCUUGGAUGCUAAUAGUGAUUCUACACUGUUAAAUCAAGUUAUGAAAUUUCAAUGCGAAACUGAGCGCUUAUAUGGCACCCAACGAGCAGAUGGGUCGAACUGUGGAACUAGCAUUCAAUUGCGACUAGAAUCGCAAUAUUCUGCCAUUAGAAAUACAAUAUUAUAAGUAUUUUAAGUGAGCAUGCUUAAAUAUACAACAGGCAGGUCGUUCACAAACAGAUUGAAUUCACGCAGAAUAGUGGGCUCAGGCCAUACAGACGGUUCCAAAGCAUUGGAUACAAGAGAAUGGGGAAGAAGAAUUUUGAAUGAUGAGAUUUUACGCUUUUGUGUAAAAUUAAUUUAGUUAUAAUGAAGUUAUCAGGCGGCGAUUUGAGAUUAGAGCUUAGAUGUAGUUUGACAUCUUUCGGAGUGGCUUCUGGUAUAAGACGAGAGACAAAGAUUGCUUUGCGGGGGAUCAGUGGUACUCCAGAAAAACGAGCUGGAGCUACAGCAUCUGAGUCCGAAGUUAGAUUGACAGGGAUAUGGAUUUUUGAGGCAACUACCAUGUUGUUAGGCGUGAGAAAGGCUGGAGCCUCCGACUGCGGAUGGACAUAUGUACAUCGGUGAAGGUUGGCCUCUAGGAGUAGAAAAAGAGUCCAUCUGUUGUAGGUAAGAGUAUAUACAAAUAAAAGAAAAUAAAUAAAAUCAUAGAAAUCGGUGAUUAGUUAGACGAUAAUGAUGAUUUUAUCAUCAUUCAACGGUGUUCAUUAGCAAAAAAUAGGAGUAAUUACAAUAUAUAAACCGGAGUCUAGCCCCAAUUAUGUUGUAAAGAUAGAAGAACUGCCUCCCAAAUUUCGCACCAUGAAAGCCUUUUUGCUUCGUUAAGGGAAUUUGAAAGCUCUUUUGCUUUGUUAAGGGAAUUUGAACAACUAAUGA